AUGUCGCUAGUUCCGAAAGAUUAUCUAACCGACGUUUCAAUCCGAGAUACUAAACUAGCAGUCAAAGCAUGUUGUUCGAUUUGUAUGGAAGAGUUCGACUCGAACAUUCACCUCCCAAAAGUGUUGAAAUGCGGUCAUACAUUCUGUAGAAGCUGUCUGGAUAAAGCAAUUUCGUCGGUUCAAGUUUCGCAUUAUGGCGGUGGAGAUGUUAACACUUUGUUCUUCUGUCCGCUCUGCCGUAGAUCAGAGGAAAUUCCGAAUACGGGAGCAUCGGACUUUCCAAACAAUCAUCAGUUGCUCGAUGUAGUCGCAUCAAAUGAUUCUCGCUUCUUGACGUGCAACGUCUGCAAAAUGACUGGAUCUGAGUCUACUUUCCAUAUUUGUCGUGAAUGCACUCUGUCCGAAAAAGACUACGACAUUCAAAAAAUUAUUGGCAAUGAAGAACCACCGCUUCAUCCAGACAAUUACGCCACCUGCUCAACUUGUGUUCUCAAGCUACACAAUACCCCGGGGCAUACCGUAGUUGAAUAUGCACUAAUCAGAGUAAUUUCAAUCUUCAAACAGAACAAUAUUUUAAAUAUUUUAUUUCAGAUUCACUAUGAUUUCACAAAGAAUUUGAAUAGUGUAGCAUUUCUAAAGGCACGAAUGGUCAAAGAAUCGGCCGACGCUCGCCAGGUCCUCGGAACAAUUCUUGAUCGGGUUGCUCAGAACGGCAAAGAAGUUGAAGAAAUGGUGGCACUGAUGAAGAAAGCUAAAAGCAGCCAAGGAUUGAGUUUGAUUUUCAAUAAGUACCAGAAAGAGAUGACAUCAAACAUCACAAUCAUGGAAGUCAUAUCAAAAGAAGGCAAAAGGUUGAACGAUAUGGUCACCACAAAGUCAAAUCUUCUUGAGAGAGGCAAUGCAGAGAUCAGUGGAGUUCACUGUUUCGCAGAACCGCCGGACAUAAAAGAGAUUCUCAAAAUUUCGGAUACUGUCCAGAAUCAGCCGUCCCCAGAUGAAAAUAUGGAUAUUUUAGAUUCCGAGGAAGCUGAGGAAGCUGAUACUCAGCCGCAAACAACCGAAGCUUCGGCCGAAGAACCAGCGUUGAGACGAAGCAUUUCUCAACAAACUCUCCCAGAUCAUCAACAAGAAUCACAUGUCAUUGAUCUUGUUUCCAAUGAAGAGAGCAUCUGGAACAUUCUGGGUUCAACCUGGGAAACUAUCUGUUACAACAUUAAUCGUAUUCACCAAGUUUUGAAUCAUGGAGCUAACAUUCGUAACAGAAACAAUUAUAAUCAAGAGGUUAACGAGAUCAGUCCAUACAUGCUCGCAGUGCCAGUCUUUGCUCUCCUGGCAAUCCUCAUAUAUAUGAUCGUAUUCUAA